CAUACACACCUCCUACCUAAAGAAAAAAAAGAGAGAAACAGCACUUAGCGAAAUAUCAUAGAGUCGGGAGGACCGCGGCCUAGAAUGUUGGGGGGGGGGAGAAAUGAGGAGGAGCAAGCAAGGAGCGUGGUAACCUCGGUCACUUUAGUUUAACCCUAUGCUCUUCCUCACCUCACAAGUGGUAGAGUCCACUCACCCCACCGGCCCUUCCGCUAGGGCUGGAGACCAACGGGAGCCAGACCGGGCCAUGCCGAGGAAGAAGCCUUUCAGCGUGAAGCAGAAGAAGAAACAGCUGCAGGACAAGCGCGAGCGGAAGCGAGGGCUGCAGGAUGGAUUUCGCUCCAGCUCCAACAGCCGCAGUGGGAGCCGGGAGCGGAGGGAGGACCAGACUGACACCUCUGAUGGAGAAUCUGUGACCCAGCAAAUCCGUCGGCUCAACCAGCAGCCAACCCACCACGGCUCUGGCCAUCGCUAUGAUCCUAAUAGAUACCGGUUACACUUUGAAAGAGAGACCAGGGAAGAGGUGGAACGGAAAAAGAGGGCUGCUCGAGAACAAGUGCUGAAACCAGUUAAUGAGAAAUCUCUAGAGCUUGACAUUGGGGACAUCUACCGCCCAGGCUCAAACCUAGACUUUCCCCGUCGUCCCCCUUGGAAUUAUGAGAUGUCCAGGGAACAGUUGAUGACCCGAGAAGAAAAGAGUUUCCAAGAGUAUCUGGGGAAGAUCCAUGGAUCCUACGCCUCUGAGCAGCUCAGCUACUUUGAACACAACCUGGAGACUUGGCGACAGUUGUGGCGUGUACUAGAGAUGUCUGAUAUCGUCCUCCUCAUCACAGACAUACGGCAUCCAGUCAUCAACUUUCCCCCAGCCUUAUAUGAGUAUGUGACAGGGGAGCUGGGGCUGUCACUGAUACUAGUGCUGAACAAAGUAGACUUGGCACCCCCAGCUCUUGUCAUAGCCUGGAAGUAUCACUUUCGUCUGCACUACCCCCGGCUCCACCUUGUUCUUUUCACAUCUUUCCCUCGAGACCCCCAAACCCCACAGGACCCAAAGACUGUCUUGAAGAAGCGUCGGAAACAAGGAAGGGUCUGGACUCGUGCCCUGGGACCAGAACAGUUGCUGAGGGCUUGUGAGACCAUUACUGCAGGAAAAGUGGAUUUAAGCAGCUGGAGAGAAAAGAUGGACCGGGAUGCAGCUGGGGCAAGCCGGGAGGCUGGCUCCGGGGAAGAAGAAGAAGAUGAAGAGGGAUCAGCAGUACUGGUGGAGCAGCAAACAGACGUAGCUCUGGAACCAACUGGCCCAACCCGGGAGCAAUAUAAGGAUGGAGUUGUGACUAUUGGCUGUGUGGGUUUUCCUAAUGUGGGAAAGUCAUCCCUGAUCAAUGGGCUUGUAGGUCGGAAGGUGGUGAGCGUUUCCAGAACUCCUGGCCACACCCGUUACUUUCAGACAUAUUUCCUCACACCCACUGUUCGGCUCUGUGACUGCCCUGGCCUUAUCUUUCCUUCCUUGCUGCCCCGACAACUACAGGUCCUGGCCGGGAUAUAUCCCAUUGCUCAGAUCCAGGAGCCCUACACAUCUGUGGGGUACCUGGCUUCCCGAAUACCUGUCCAGGCACUGCUUCGGCUGAGGCAUCCUGAAGCUGAAGACUCAGGGCAUGAGCCCCCCUGGUGUGCUUGGGACAUCUGUGAAGCCUGGGCUGAGAAGCGUGGUUACAAGACAGCCAAAGCAGCUAGGAACGAUGUGUACAGAGCAGCCAAUAGCCUCCUGCGGCUGGCUGCUGAUGGACGGCUCAGCCUUUGUCUUCGUCCACCUGGCUACACUGAACAGCGAGCCUCCUGGGAGUCUCAUCCAGAAACCUUGGAGCUGGUGAUGUUGCAAGGGAGGGUGGGACUGUCGGGUGAGGAUGAGGAUGAGGAAGAAGAGCUGAGCAGUUCUGGGGAAGAGGAGGGAGAGGAGGACCGAGAUGCUGAUGAGGAGGGUGAGGGGGAUGAAGACACCCCCAUCCCUGCCCGGCCUUCAAACCUGGCAGGGCCAAACCCCUUUGCCCUACUGGGUGAGGAUGAAUGCUGAAUCUCCAACCUUUUUUUCUCCCUCCUAUCCAACAUCCUUGCUCUUGGACUGAUCUGGGAGUACCUCCUUUCCGUGUCCCCAACUGUGAAUAAAGAUAACCUGCUUUGUUAGCCCCCUUCCCAUCUGGACUAAAGCUGAGAUCGAAUUGUUAUCCUGGCAGUUGGAGGUCUCAUCCUAACCUUCACCCAAAGCCCCCUUCCCUUAGGGGCCCUGGUUAAUGAUAAUCCUUUGGAAAUAGGGCCUAAUACACCAAGUCCCUAUCCCCUUCUCUCUUGCUCCUCUUUUCUCCUACUGUCUUGUUAAUAAAGACCAGACAUAGGGGGUCAGUUCCUGCCAGUUAUAUCUGGUCUAAUCCCAGGCUCUUCAGUGUAGUACACAGAAAACCUCCAGACCCAGAUCUCUUCUAGGUGGAGAAGGGACAACAUGUUCAGGAGAAGCCUUAAUAGACCUAUCACAGGAUGUGUCCUUGUGAAGGAAAUCAUUCCCUAGUCCCUCUGAUGAGGUCAGAGAUAGAGAGGUGUCCUACCUAGGUGAUAAACUCAAGUAGAAGGCCAGAUUCCUUCAAGGAGCCCAUCUAGGCAGAUACCAGUAGGAAUGCCACAUCUUCAGGCACCCACAUUUUAAGACUGAAAAAGAGUUUGUCCUCCCACAGUUCUUGCACAUUUCUUAGAAGUUUCUGAGUGCAGAAAUAAAAUACUUUCAGAUCUUAAAAAGUACAAAAUGAUUAGGUGUUACUGUGAGAGGGUGAAUGGAUAUGGUCCCCUCUGUGAGGUCAAACAUUUUAAAUGGUUUAAGUUGACAAUAAAUAGGAAACAAUUUUGUUGUUAAAAUAUUUCUGAAAGCCCAGUGGGUAAACCCUCACCUUUGAUGGCUGGCUGUCUGACAUACAGAGUCCAGAAAGGGAAAGAAAGCCUUCCUUUGGCAGGGGACCCUUGUUCAUAUAUCUAUUUGUGUCUGCCUUAAUUUUGACUUGAGAUUGGGUGAUAGAGAGCCUGAGGUGGGUGUGGGUGUGAUAGUGGGGCUAAGGAGGGAUCCAGCCCUGGGCCUUCCCAGGGUACCAGCUCUUUUCUAGAGAACUUUGACAUCAGUCACCAGAGUUUUUGUCUUUCACUAUUUUUUUUAAAUUUCCCUGAACUUGAACUUGAAAUACCAAACUCUUUAAACUUCCUGGGUAAAGAGAUAAUGGCUUCUUGUAUUCAGAAAUUACCCAAGUCCAAAUUUCUCCUCAUCCUUUCUCUGCUAGGUAUAUGCCCAGUUAUAGCAGCCAUUUCCCACUUGUCCUCCAUCUCUACACAGUAUAGACCUCAAGAAUCUUUUUUAUGGUUUUGAGACAAAAGAAUACACUGUCUAAAAUAAUUUAACAGGAUAUAUUUUAGCAUUUUUAAAAACAAUUUACCUACUCCUAGACUAAUGGACACUUGAGCUUUUUAAACCUAAUUAUUAUUUUUUAAAAUCUUCCUCCAAUUUCACAUAAAAACCAUUUUUAACAUUCUUGUUUUCCCAAACUUUGAAUUCCGAAUUCUCUUCCAUCUCUCCUCCCUGAGAUGAUAAUAUAUAUCAUCUAAUCCAAUUUUUGACAAAAAUUUAUCAGACCCAGGGCACUGGCCCAUAUUGCUUGGGGGCCAGAAGCGUUAGUCUAAGGUAUCUCAUUUCCUUAGUGACUUUAUACAAGAAUGAUAGCUUUGAUCCUAGAAUAUACCCAGGUUCAAUUUAAGGAUUUAUUUGCCAGGGCUCCCUGGAUAUUCUAUGUCCAUUCACAUAAUAGACAAUCUGGAAGCCUUUGGCAUGGCAUGUUGGAUUUGUGGUUUUCCCAUCCAUAUUAUUCUACAACCAUUUAGAAUAAGGGAUUGAGUAGAAAGAAUUAUCAUAUUGUGUUUUCUGCUGUCUCGAGAAUUGUCAUGAUGAUUCACCCCAAAAAACAAAAUCACCUCCAGUGUUAACAAAAGACAGGCCCUUUCUUUGUAAGACCUCUUCAGUGUUGAAUUCCCCAUCUGUUACUUUUCCUUUACUGAAAAGGUCAAAGGUGGAAUCAUCACCUGGCAUUAUGAAGUUUUAUUAAUGCAUUAAAAAAAAGAACAUUACUGUUACUUUCCAAUGACUCCCCCACUCCCUUAUAACAGAAUACAGUUAAGCAAAAAAAAAAGGGGGGGGGACCAUCGGCCAGAUCUGAAAACCACCACCUCAACCCGUAUCCAUAGCUCACUUCCUCAGUCUUUCCUGGUAGAUGGCUUGCUUCACCAUCAAUCAAAGGGUAUUUUCCUCAUGAGCUUCACAGUCCCCUGUAAGGCUGAGGAAGAAGGGGAAGCCACAGGAAAAGUGAAAUAAAUUACCAUAGAAAGGCAGGAAAAGCAACUUGUAAGGUGAGGAGAAGCCAGGUGAGUUGGCCUUUUUUCAUUAAACAAAUAUUAAGUGCCUGUUAUUUUCUGAGUUUUGUGCCAAGCACUAGGUCAGAUGUAGCUAAAUCAGGGAUGACCUCUGUCCUAUUGGAGCUUGUGGUUUAGGGCAGAAAUAAGGUGGCUGCACCUGAAUGUUAGUGUAUCUCCUUUCUCUUCCUUAUCUGGAAGUGACCCAUUUUACACUUCUAGAGAGAUAAAAGGCAACAGGAAGGUAGAGAAGGCAAUUUCAAGAAUAGGAAACCCUUAACAAAUAGAGCAAGCAGAGAUCAUGGAGUAUGAGACAUGGCUUCAAAGGCAGGGUGGCACUAGACCAUGGAGGCCCCCAAAAUCAAGGGAAGAGAGUUUGAUCUUUUUUGGGGCAGGUGAUACUCCUGUUUGCCAGAAACCAAGAGUGAAUGUGCUUUUUCCCCUGCCAAAUCAUUCAUGGGCCUGACAGUUAUACUCACCCAAGUGACAAAUCAUUGUGAGUAAGCUGGAGGAGGCUCAAGUUGAAGGCACAUGGGGAAAGAAUAAUUCCUCCACCUUUCUUUUCUGAGACAGCUUUAGUCUGAAAUCCUUGGAAACCACAAAUCAAGUGUUCUCAACAUAUUUGCUUCCCUCAUGUCCAAUCCUUUCAGAGACCUUCUGAAAUGUAUGUACCCUGCUUGAACCAGCUGAGUCUUCUGUCAGAUAUUCUACCUAAUCCAUCAGCUCCCUACUUGGAGACUCAAAUGCUCAGUUCUCACCAUUUGCCACCUAGGUCCCUUAAGAAAUUGAACUUAGAAGAAGUAACAUGAAGGUAGACAUAAAAAAUAUGCACAAUAGUUAAUAGAAUGUAAUUAAAGACAACACUAAGAGACAACAAAACUCAGGUUGAAUGCAAUGGACAAAGUUGGUAUCAAGCUAUUAAAGCACACUUCUGUAAAUAAUGGAUAAACUGAAAAAGCAUGUACUAUCAGUCAUAAUCACUAUUACAUGGAAUUGUGCAAUCACUGUGGGGGUUAUUUUUUGGGGGAAGUAUUUGUGGUGUCUUAAACUGUUGAUACUAAUAAAGAAUAAAUAUGCAGAUUGCUUUAAAUGAAAAAAAAAA